AUGGCGAUCCUGCAACUAAAGGCCAUCUCCGCCGUCGCACUGCUUGCACUUUCGGUCCGAGCGCCGCCAUCGCAACCUGAUCCCCGCGGCUACGGGACGAUCUUGCACGGCGAAGCAACUUGUAAGUUCAAAGACAGAAAUGGACGGAUCAUGCCUCUCGAGUACAUCUCGAAUAGCACGCAAGUGCGCGUUCGCGUCUCGCCGACCCAAUUUCGCAGAAAUGCUGGCCUCUCGUGUGUGCGGAUGGGCAGACCGCCGCCGGCCUGGGCACCCUUUGCUGUGUUCAAGUGUCAUUUUCUGGCCCAGAUUGACACCCUGGAUGGCUAUCGAUGGGUCUUCACUGCGAGUUGCCCGGCACGGUUAUGGCAAAGCCCGCUCUUUCCGCCUCUGUAUACGGAGUGCUGCGAAGCCGAAUACGAAGUACAAGUUGAAGCCUGGUACGAUAGAAUGCAGAUAAAGUUCGAGAAAGGCCAGAUCAGCGUCAAAUGUCGAGCAGACGGCGCGUGCUCGGCUUUGUUCGCUGAGCCAGUCAAGCUGGAAUGCGAGCAAAGACCGUUCUACGUGUGA